AUGCCACCGAGCCUGUCGGUUCGAAUCAGGCAGGAAAGCGACAUUACUGUACCGGAAGUCAAGUCCCAGCCUCCCGGCGGCGUCGUUGCCGAUGUUCUCAUAUCGCUGAUUGCCGUCACGGUAUUGGUGUUCUUUAUAACAAAAAGAGCUCUCGCGAUAAAAAACUGGAAAAAGGUUCCAUUCUUGGUAUGGGGUACGUAUAAUGCCUCGAACAAGAGGAACCAUAAUGUCGACCGAUGGAUUUUCUUUGCUAACGGGGAACAUUUCAAAUACACAGUUGUGCUGGGCAUCUUUGUCGACUCGUGGCUCUUUGUGUUCAUCACGGGAAUCCUCAAGUAUGGCGUAGACCUCAACUCGAGCUAUGCGGUUUGCUCCGCAGCCCUCUUUCUGUGCUUGACAUUCUACAUGACGGCCAAAAUUUACGUUGUUCGAAACGACACAAAACCGAGGUUAAAAUCAAAGUUGUACAUAUUCAACACAUUCGUGGUGAUCAUCUUGUAUCUCGUGGUGGCAAUUGUCAAUCUUAUCUAUCGCAUCACUCGUAUCGAUGACGGGGUCUGCAUAAUAGGAAUGCAAAGAGGAGCAAUGGUUGCUCUCCUUGGUUUUGACACCUUUGUCAAUAUGGACUGA